UCUGCCAAAGUGACAGUCCAAAAUCCUCGAUAAUAAACAGCCCCUCGAUCAACUGCUGUAUUUAUCGUACUCUGACAGCCAGAAUAGCCCUGCAACAACGCGAACGAUGGUGUCGAGAGUGUGCAGAGUCGUUCUCUUUAAGAAUCCCCUUGCCACCUCGAUAAAGUCGUUCCUCGAUCCCCGAGGGACAAUCCGCUGCUCAUCGAUCGCUUCGACUGCAGUUGAGGAACGAAAAGUUAGAGUUAAGGAUGUAGAAAUUAAUUAUGCCAGGACUGGCAGUGGAGAGCAUCCGGUUUUACUACUCCCUGGAGCCCUGGGCACCAUUUGGACUGACUUCAAGCCUCAAAUCGAGGGCCUAGACAAAAAUAAACUAACAAUAGUAGCGUGGGAUCCUCCGGGCUACGGAAAAUCGAGACCCCCAGACAGAAAAUAUCCCGAUGAUUUUUUCGACAAAGACGCGGAUUACGCUCAUGAGUUGAUGAAGGUCCUGGGGUUCCCCAGGUUCUCCCUCGUAGGGUGGAGUGACGGGGGCAUCACUUCACUCAUCCUCGCUGCGAAGAACCCGCAGAGCGUCAGAAAAAUGGUCGUCUUGGGAGCGAACGCUUACAUACUUCCCCAUGAAAGCAAAACUUACGAAAGUAUCAAGAACAUCGACACAUGGUCAGAGCGCAUGAAAGCGCCACUAAUGGCCAUUUAUGGUGAAGAUUACUUCAGAAAGACUUGGGCAGCGUGGGUCGAAGCUAUGAUUAAUCUUUUCGAGAAAAAUAAUGGUGACCUCUGUAGAGAUUCAGUAGCGAGGAUUGUGUGUCCUACGCUCAUAGUCCAUGGGAAAAAGGACGUCAUGGUUGAUGGAGAACAUGCGGAGUAUCUGAAGAACAAUAUUUCGAAUUCUCAGCUGGAGAUCUUCGAAAAAGGAUCCCACAAUCUGCACUUGAGAUACCACGAGGAGUUCAACCAGCUGGUGACUCGAUUUCUCCUGGGGAAUUCUUGAAGACUGCCUUUUCCGUGAAUUCAGAAUCACCAGUUCUUGCAUAAUUCAUGUCAUAAUGAUCGCAAUACAUUUUUUACAAGCCCCACCGCAUCUGUGAUUGCCACUCUCCUCGUACUUUGACGAAAUAAAAAUGAUUGAACAGGAAA